CCCAAAAAAUGAAUAUAUUACGAAAGGCCCAAUAUCAGAUAUGAAUUACCAGCCCAAAUUUCUACCUUUCUCUACCAGUGAUGCAAACAGCACAGUGACAGUGAAAGUAACAUUUCCAGUCAAAUGAAUCGUUUUUCCGAUAAGAGUUCACCGGAAAAUGAAACCCUUGGUGGCAUCCAAUCAGGUUUUUGCAAAGAGGGGCAAGUUAAAAAGUGUAGAGUAGAGCCAGUAGUGAUUGGGGGUAUGGUCUUGGAUGUAAAUGCCACAUCUUCCAUUCAUGCUAAUCCAAGGACCACCACUCCUGGAAAGGUUAUCUUUUCAUUGGGUGGUGUGGCAAGGAAUGUUGCUGAUUGUAUUUCAAAGCUUGAAGCAAGACCAUUCAUGAUAAGUGCUGUUGGAUUUGACUUGGCCGGAAAUAUGCUACUGGAACACUGGGAAUCUGCUGGAUUAUCCAUAGAAGGUAUCCAGAGACAUCAGAAUAUUGAAACUGCUGUUGUUUGUCAUAUCUUUGAUCAGAAAGGUGAAGUGGCAGCUGGUGUAGCUCAUGUAGAGUCAAUAGAGAAGUUUCUCACUCCAAGGUGGAUAGAAAAGUUCAAGUGCAAAAUAAGCUCCACUCCGAUAUUGAUGGUUGAUGCAAACUUGAACUCUUCUUCUCUUGAAGCAUCUUGUCAAAUGGCUGCUCAGUUUAAUACUCCAGUCUGGUUUGAGCCUGUAUCGGUUGCCAAAUCUAGAAGAAUUGCUUCAGUUGUCCAGUAUGUAACUUUUGCAUCACCUAAUGAAGAUGAACUUGUAGCCAUGGCAAAUGCAAUAUCUGGCAGAGACAUAUUUCAACCAAUUCGCCAUAGUAGUACUAAGCUGUCCAAGGACUCUUUCUUCCAAAUGCUUAAACCUGCUAUAUCGGUUUUACUAUACAAAGGUGUUAAGGUAGUUGUUGUAACACUUGGAUCAGAAGGGGUACUCUUAUGUUCCAAAGGAAAGUCCAAUCUUCAGAAACUUGCUUUCAAGGAAAACCAGCCUUCUCACCUCAGUAGAGAGUUAUAUGAAGCUGUUAAUACAGUUUGCCCAAGGGAUCAAUUUUUUGGUGCUUCAAUGUGCGAGCAGAUCUCAAAUCUUUUUGCUGUCCAUUUUCCUGCACUUCCUGCUUCAGUAGUGAGGCUUACAGGUGCUGGAGAUUGCUUAGUUGGUGGAACGAUAGCUUCUUUGUGUGCUGGUUUAGAUGUCAUGCAAAGUGUAGCAGUUGGGAUUGCAGCUGCUAAAGUAGUUGUUGAAGUAGAAAGCAAUGUCCCUGAUGAAUAUUGUUUGGCCAAACUAGCAGACAAUGCAAGGUCUGUAUACUCUGGGGCCACCAUGCUUCUAUCUCAAUCCAAGCUGUAGGUCACCAAAAGUGGGAGUGGAUCAGAAUCUCCUAUAUCAGAACAUAAAUCUGCAGAAGUGUUAAAGUCGUCUGAUGCUUUUGAAGUAGUCUGGUAGUGUUCUUCAUCGUCAUCAACAGAUUGUGAAUUUCCAGGAGGGUUCGUGGCUUCAAGUCUUGAGAUCUCAUCCUUGCUGCAUAUUUUCUUCAAUUCUUGCUGCUCCAUUUACACAUGUUAUUUAUCUUAUAUUAGUAUCUCCCUUAAAAUUACAGGAAAGAAAGCGUUUCUUGGUAGUAAAGAGAAUGCAAAAUGGAAAAAAAAAAAAAAUUAAGUUCUAUGCAUGGACAGUACAAAAAUAUUUACACAAUCAGUAUAACAGCAUGUUAUCAUUUUUAUCAAGUUAUCAAUUAAGUUUAUCAUAAAAA